UCACUGAAUGGUACACCGUUACGUCAGCAGGGGGCGUCAUCCGAGCCAGCUGUGCGCCAACUUCGCCCCCUUCCAGAGGAGUUCAUUAAUCCUGGGGGAGAAGCAGGGAGAAGCUGACAGUGACCAGUCGAGUGUCGAGGGAAGGAGGGCAUGAUGCGACACAUCUUCCCGCUGCUGUUGCUCGGUCUGCUGCGACCCUGCGACGCCGAAGCAGCCUUCACACAGCGGUGUGAAUACACACAUGACACCAUUUACAAAUACCAGGCAAAGACUCUAAACCAGAGUCGCACUGUGAACUUCAGUGACUACAAGGGCAAGAGUGUCCUCUUCAUCAACGUGGCCACAUACUGAGGAUACACCUUCCAGUAUGUGGAACUGAAUGCACUACACGAGGAGCUGAAACCUCUUGGACUCACCAUUCUUGGCUUCCCUUGCAACCAAUUUGGGAAACAGGAACCAGGGACAAACCAGGAAAUUCUGCCAGGUUUAAAGCAUGUUAGACCGGGCAAUGGAUUUGUUCCCAACUUCCUGCUGUUCGAGAAAGGUGAUGUGAAUGGAAAAGACGAGCAAGAGGUUUUCACUUUCCUUAAGAACUCCUGCCCUCCAGUUGGAGACAUCUUGGGUAACCCCAGCAGAAUGUUCUGGGACCCUGUGAAGCUCAGCGACAUCAAGUGGAACUUUGAAAAGUUUCUGGUGGGACCAGACGGAAAGCCAGCAAUGAGGUGGCAUCCGAGUGUCAACAUUUCUGAGGUCCAAGCUGACAUUCGCAAAUACCUGCUCCAACUAUACACACAGGAGGUGUUUAAUUAGAGCUCGGAUUUAACAUUUGAUAUUGUCCCUCUAAUGAAUUACCUGUAAUGAUAAACACAGGACGAGUAGAGCUAGUGUAGAAUGUAAAGGAGUAAAUGUUGACAGAUUCUGAUACAUGAAGAUGGCAUGUCGAAUGAAGAGGAGGCUUGAAAACAGGAAGUCUGUGGUGCCUCUUCUGACUCUGGGGUUCAGGCCAGCUCUUUAGUGCAUUCGAGCUACCCUGAAAUCCCACAGCAUCAUGUCAUCUUCUCAUCCCAGGAACUGUUAGUCAUUACAGCCUAAAUGUUAUGUACUUCUAAUAAAUCAUAGAGAACACACUAAU